UGCCCGUUCAACGUUCCGACGAUUCCUUUUUCCUUCUUUCUAAACACGAUUAAGCAUACUACACAUGCGGGUAGAAGUUGGUAUUUCUUCAGCGAAACCGGAAACGGCGGGAAUUAUGUAUCUCGUUAGCGCAUCCCGUGUCGUACGGAAUUUAAACUUUUUUUUCGAAGCUUCAAAUCUAAAUGAAAUAAAAUGAGAUUGUCUCCGAGGAACUUGUUUUGAAAGCUAUGAAUUUCUUUUUUAUUUUCAUUACUUUUGGACAGAUCGUGUAUACAUACAUAUAUGUAUUUAUAAUAAUUGACGAGAUUCGCUCAUCAAAUCAGUUCGAAGUUCGCGAUCGCGAGAAGUGCGCAUUAACCGCGACUAUAAGUAACGUUACGAGCGUGUUGCUGUUUUUUCUUAGGCUUCUUCUUCAGCCUCUUUCUUCUUGCACGAGGUUCAAGCGUACAGGAGGAAAGAAUAGGUUGUUGGCAACGACCGCUCGAGUAUUAGGUUGCUGCAAAAAUAGUGUUUUCCUUGUUUCGUUCCCUUGUUUCACAACGUGAAAAGGUCUCGAUCGUGUCGUGAUUUAUUUUUUUAUUAUUUUUUCCAUCGUUUUGAAGGUUAUACAAGAUAAAACGUUAAGUGUUUGAAGCACUAAAAGAGAUUAUUUUAGUAGAACAAUGUAAAACAGUGAUGAAUCCUCCAUCUACUAAAUAUUAAAUUUUCUUGAUUUUCCAUUUGUAUCUUAGCAUUUGCUUUUGUUUUUUAAUAGUUUGUCUACUAACAAAUCGUAAAAUAACUUGUAUAGAUUAAAACAUACACUCGUUGCUGAUUUUUUAAAGAUUCUUUCCAGAUUUCCGAGAGAAUCGAAGCGUUAGAUAUCGGGAUGAGUUUUUUGCAAGGAUAAAAGACAGUGAUGACAGAGGAAUAUUUAUUUAUCGUAUUCCGUUGGGUAGAGCCGUAGAACAUUCAUGUUGUGACGCGUCGAAAUUCAAACGGCGAAAUUUCGCGAAGCGAUCCGUCAGACAAAAAUUUCGACCAAGAGUCGUCCUUGUCGACAUUCUUCUCCUUCCUUAAUAGGCGACAUCGAUUUUCAAGCAUGACGCAAGUUAUGCGCUCGACGAGCCGAAGUUUUAAGCGCGUCGAUGAAAUAUUCAUCUCGCGCGCUUACCCCUCACAUUAAAGAUUAGUAUCUUUACGCUCUUCCUCUAUCGAUGAUUUUCUCCAUUUUUCAUUCGUAUCGUAACCAGUUUAUUUUGUUCUUUAACAGUUUGACUAACAACAAAUCACGGAAUAUGUUGUUUCCAUUAAAAUAUAUAACCAUUACUUAUUUUUUAACAAUUGCUUCCGAAAAAUAUGUUUUCCGCCCUAUUAUCAUUAAUUCAAGAGUUACGUAGAUACCUAUACUCAAUCCAAUUUAUCGCAAAGAAAUAAAUAAAAAUAAUAAAUCAAAUAUUUUAUUUUUAUUCAUUUAAAAAGGCUGAAACUAUUUUACGAGUUUCGAAACGGAUGUUCUUUCACGAACGCGUCGCAUAUUCAAUCUCCUGUACGUAAAGCGGAAAAGCUUCCUCCAGCCGUCGCGCCGCCUCAGCCAGCGGUUACCACACACCUACGAUCGCGAGUUUCGAAGUAAUAGUUGCAUUUUCUCCCCUUCCAAUGCAUGGAUACUGGCUUGUUCAAUUUCUACGUUCCUGUUGUGCACUGGCGACCACCAUCGUCCUCACCACGCACGUGUACCGACUGCCUGGUCUCUCGGCUUGAUUAGUAUCAGACAUGACCAACGACAAACAGUCUUGGUUCCGUGGUGUUCGAAGUAGUAAAUUUCGCCACGUGUACGGGGUACCAGCAAAGAGGGAGAAAUGCUACGACAAUAUCAAGAUUACGAAGAAUGCCCACGAUUCACAAUUCUGCGCGGUGAAUCCAAAGUUCCUCGCUGUGGUGACGGAAGUAGCUGGCGGAGGAGCGUUUCUGGUUUUACCGCUCGAUCGCACCGGAAGACUGGAUUUUAAUGCAAGCAGAGUGACUGGACAUACCGGACCAGUUCUGGAUAUCAAGUGGAAUCCGUUCAACGAUAACAUCAUCGCUUCCUGCUCCGAUGAUUGCACCAUAAAACUGUGGCACAUUCCUGACGGUGGAUUAUCGCGAAAUUUGACCGAAUGGCUGGUGGAAUUGCAAGGACACAAACGUCGCGUCGCUUACAUCGAAUGGCAUCCGGUGGCCGAGAACGUACUGUUCAGCGCGGGCUUUGAUCAUCUCGUUAUCGCGUGGGAUAUAAAUAGAGGAGAGGCCGUCAGCGUGAUCGACAGGCAUCCCGAUGUGAUCUACAGCAUAUCUUUGAAUCGCGAUGGCAGCUUGUUAGCGACCACUUGCAAGGAUAAGAAAUUGAGGGUCUUCGAGCCAAGAUCCGGUAUCGUGGUCUCUGAAGGAGUUUGUCAUGCCGGGACAAAAGCUAGCAAAGUGGUUUUCCUUGGCAGUUCGGGACGUCUUCUCACCACGGGUUUCAGCCGCCACUCGGAUCGACAGUACGCCAUUUGGAGCCAACACGAUCUCACCGUUCCAUUGACGUGCGAGACCAUAGAUUCUUCAAGCGGAGUCGUUUUUCCGUAUUAUGAUAACGACACUAAUAUGGUGUACCUGGCCGGCAAGGGUGAUGGUAACAUCCGCUACUAUGAGAUAGUGAACGAGGCUCCUUGGGUCCAUUAUCUCAGCCAAUUCAUUUCCGGCAAUCCACAAAGAGGACUGGGUGUAAUGCCAAAAAGAGGCGUAAAUACUUCCAUAUGCGAGGUGUUUAGAUUUUAUAAAUUGCACGCCACCCGUGGAAUGUGCGAACCGAUUUCAAUGAUAGUACCUCGAAAGAGCGACCAGUUCCAAGAGGACCUGUAUCCUGACACUAUCGGUACCUGUCCCGCUCUAUCAGCCAGAGACUGGAUCAGUGGCAUGAAUAGUCCACCGAUUUUAAUUUCUCUGAAAACCGGUGGCAGCAUUACCACGCACAAGCCACGCGUUUACAAACCGCCGCAACUUCCCCCUACAACCGACUUGAACAACAAAAAGAAAUUCGCAUUCCUGUCUACUGAAACUGUGCCAGACUACAGGCCAAUCGAGUUUCAUGAUAUGUCGGAGAAAAGUCAAAAAACGUCUAGCAAUCAGAGCACCAAGUUUCAACAGCUGCAACAAAAAUUUGGCAGCGCUGUGUUGCAGAAAAAUAUCAUUUCCACGACGCUGAACGAUAACAAGGUUUUGGAGACCGUGGACAUUCCUAACAACGAGGCCGAGCUCAGAUUGGCGUUCGCUCGUCAAACCGAUGAAUUAAGACUGGUCCGACGACAAUUAGCUAACAGUCAAUUACGCGUGAAAGAGCUAGAAGAACAAAUUCGCAAGCUUCAGCGCCAGUAAAUCCCCUAAUCUCGUUUGUUUCGAACAAAUUCUUAAUAGCUUUAUCGCCAAAAGCAUGGUACUUAAAAAACAUUUAUCGUACAUCGUUUACCGCCGCUACAAUAUUUAAACUUUCGUAAAUUUUCACAAAAAAGAAAAGAAAUAAAAAGAGAAAAGUGGUGCAGGAGAUUUUAAAGCGGUUCGAACUUAUGCUAAUUGAUUACAUUUCUUGAAUGUAUCUUGUGAAAGUACGAUUGGAUACAUUUUUAUAAUAUAUCUCGUCUCUCUACAAUUUACAGUAAUGCUUCGAAAUAAGCAAGUGGCUCGGGACCGAACAGUUGCUUAUUUCGAAGCAUUACUGUAUAUCUUUUCUCUGCUACCUUCGUGUGAAAAAAAUGCAGCAAUGAAGCAACAAUAAUUUAGUCAAUUUUUUUAGACAUCGUUCUAUAUAGAGAAUUUGAAGAUAGAAAAAGAACAAACGAAUAAUUGUGAUCUACACGAUUGCCUUCACUGUACAGACGAGUUUUUGUCUAUAUCAAAUGUUGAUACCUCUUCGCAGUUUUUAACACUCUACUUUUCUUUAUAUUUAUUAGACUUAAAAAUUUGAAAUUUGUAUUAUGAAACUAAAAAAUUAUUACAAAGCUUAAUAAAUUUAUUUAAAUUAUGUCAGGUACCAUAAAUUUUGUCAGAGUAUAAUUACUGACUGAAAGGGUUAAACAAUACUUGUAUUUGUAUUAAUUACCAUAACGAAGAAGAAAGAUCAACUUGAUAUAAAGAUAUAAAACUUCGAUGAAGUAUUAAAAUGUGUACACGAAAAAUUGUACCUGUCUGUUGCAUAUGCACGUUUACCAUAUGCAAUUCGUUCUACAACAGAAUUGUCGUAUAUAGAAACGCUAGAUGAAUGCAGCUUAUAUGAGAAUUGCGUACGCAAUGAAACAUCAUGCGAGAAUACAAGAAAAAGCACAAAAUAUAACGACGAAUAAUACCCUUACAAUAAUUGAGAUUCAUCGUUUAAUAAUAGCAACUGUGGUUGCAAAGAAAAAAAUCAUUCGAAGUAAUAAUUCUCGACGCAUUUUUGUAAUAUUUUGUUACGUUAAUUUUCUUCGAGAUGAAUUUAUUGAUUAACGAAUAUUUAUAAUUCUAUUUAUUAUUCGAAUCACACGAGUUAAUUAUUCACCUUUGAUGUUAAUAUUAUGAAUUUUGUCGAUAAUUGUACAUUAAUUUACGCGUUAAUUUAAAAAGCUAUUGUUGUGUUCUGUUCAAUGUACAGUUAUGUACAACGAUGUCCUUACGCUCAAUUCCAUAGGAGUUUAAUAAAUUUAUUUUAAAAAAAUGUGACAAAACGUAUGAUGACAAGCUUUUCUGUUAAUGGAAAGCGACCUCUUCUUCUCUACAAUUUCUCUUUUCUCUGAGCAUCGUUGCACGCAGCUGUACAUCUCGCUUUCGUAUGUAUGUAAUUAUACAUACGGUAGUAAACUUAACCUAUUAACUAUAUGUAUGUAUAAACUAUUUUAUCGUCGAGUGUAUUGAUCACUGCCAACACCCACUGCCAUGGUAGAAGAAGGCAAUAUCUAAUUUUCUAACUGAACCCAUGGCAGUGAUGAUAUUCAAUUAUAUACUGUAAUUAGUUUGAACAUGUUAGGCUGACAUUUUUUUUUUUUGUAUAAUUAGAAGAGAGCGUUAUAGAUGUGCAUAUUUAGGGCUAAAAAACAAUAUACAAAGCAACUGAACCGUGGGUGAUAUGCAUCGUUUGAUCAUAUAGUUGAAAUAUUCUACAGAAAAAGAUAUGCAAUAUUAAUUCGAUUCUAUUUAAUAAACACUGAUAUCUAUGUGUCAAAUUACUCUACAUUACUAGGAUCAACAAACGGAAAAGGUUAUUAGUCACAGGAUACUUUAGUGCUGCUUGAUAGCGUUUAACAAACUUAAUGGUUUAUACACAUAUAAAUAUAUGUAUUUUUUCAUACGGUAUAGAUGUACAUACAUACAUACAUACAUACAUACAUACAUAGUUGCAUUCUCGAGCAACAGAUCUAAAAUUCGAGUUAAAAAAUGCUUGUGUUCAACGCGCAUCAAUCGAUCAUUAUAUAAAAAAAUGAGAUAACAAAAUAGAAGGUAUAAUCUUAAAUAUUGAUACUCAAAUUUCAUCGAAUUGCUUGAAGCCUGAUGGAAGUGUCUUUCUAAGAGUAUAUCGCAUACUGUGUUGCCUUCAACAUUUAACACAGAUGUUACUGAUAGAAAAAUCAUUGAUAAAUUGAUAGACUAUAAUACAUAUUGUAUAAGCUUACUCCGGACCUAUUAUACUUUUGCCCCCAAACACUGAAGCAAAUGUAUAAAAAUACUAUAUAAAACCAGUAUAAAUGAUUUUCUUUGUUUCCUAAUAUAAACAAAUAAGCACAGAGAGAUUUUCAAGAAAAGUUUUGAAACAUAUGUAUGUAGGUCUGGACCAGUCUUUAGAAGUUAAAUAUUGCAAUAAUAUUAUUAAUCUGUGUGCGUAUUUUUCUUCGUUUCACACCGUCGAAUUUUGGUGCAAUAAAGCUGGCGUAAAGGGUGUGCAAUUUUCAUCAACUGACAAUUCCUUAAUCAGCGAACAAUUUUUUUCUUUUUAUUCUGUGUAAUUUUGUUUAACGAUAAAUAUUGUUAUGAUAGCGUAUAUCGUAUAAAAAAGAAAAGGAAAAUCCUAUUUAUCCUAUGCAUUGUUCAUAUAAACGGACAUACCAAAGAGCGUUAACGUACAUACACGUACCUUUCUACGAAUGGUCAUCAAACAAAUUAUCAAUAAUUGAUCGACCAUCGUGUUAUAUUUAUAUGCAGAGAAGAUGUCUGUAAGACGAAUGGAGGAUCUCGUUCGUAAAUAAAGAACAAAGCAUUCGAUUGUA